AUGGCAGAUGACGGAAGCACAAGCCGUCGGCACUUCGUGUCGCUGGGGAUGUUUAUCAUCGACGAGUUCUCGUUCGCAGACGAGGACGGGAACCCCACAGGCAAGACGUUGGCACCUCAGGCAAGCCCCUCAUACGAACCCUGCCUAUGUGCGCGAUCGCCGAUUCAACUCAUACCACACUUACAGAUCGGAGGCGGAGGAACGUAUGCUGUCAUCGGGGCGCGUAUGUGGCUCCCGCCUUCGAAGGUGGGCAUGAUCGUAGAUAGAGGACACGACUUCCCGGGACACAUACAAGAGGCCUUCGAUGCGUACGGGCCCGACAUGUGGCUCUAUAGAGAUGACCCAACCCGAGGGACGACUCGAGCGCUGAACGCAUACAGAGGGGAACAUCGCGGUUUUGAAUACCUGACGCCGAGGGUACGCAUAACCCCGCGCGAUCUCAGCAAUACUAAGCUGGCUCAGCCGGACAUCAUUCAUUUCAUCUGCUCGCCCUCACGAGCUGCUGCCAUUAUCUCCGACAUCGAGCAGGAGGAAGGAUGGAGCCCCACCACCGUAUACGAACCUAUUCCCGAUCGAUGUGUACCUGAAGAGCUCCCUGCGCUACAGAAGGUACUUCCAGCCGUAAGCAUAUUGAGUCCGAAUGCAGAAGAGGCAUUGUCGCUGCUCUCCAUGCCCAAAGAGCCCACCAAGGAGCUUGUAGAGGAGGCGUGCAGUCGAUUCCUCGAUAUGGGUGUCGGGCCUCACGGACAAGGCUCCGUCAUCAUUCGCAGCGGGGCGAUGGGUGCAUGCGUGGCCUCGAGAGGCUCGCCGCUCACUUGGGUUGACGCAUAUUGGAGCCCUGAGAAUUCGGAUAAGGUGGUCGAAGUUACCGGCGCGGGUAACAGUUUCCUGGGGGGUCUGGGAGCUGGCUUGGUCCUGAGCCAGGGUGAUGUACGGCAAGCCACCCUAUACGCAACCGUCUCAGCUUCGUUCACUAUUGAGCAAGAGGGCUUACCACGCCUCGGGCGUAAUUCCCAUGGGACCAGUCAAGAAAUGGAACUAUGGAACGGCGACUCGCCUCAUCGCAGGCUGCAAGCUCUACAAGAUCGUCUAGCAGAGAAAGGUACAAAGUGA